CUCCUCCUCAGCCAAAGUCUCCUCUGCGCUUCCUCUUCCCGCAUCCCUCCACAAUGUCGCGUCCACUCGCGGCCCCGUGGCUGACCGACGGGCAGAACGCUGUCAGCUCGACGACGCCGUCUUUCGGCGGUGCCUUCAGCAAUGCUACUCCUCCGUUCCAGCCUCAGCAGCAGCAGCAGCAGCCACAACAGCAACAACAACAGCAGCAGCAGGAACUCCAGCAAGAACUGCAUCAUCAGCAGGAACUCCAGCUCCAACCGGACAUCACUCGCCAGGACUCCGCCAACCUGCUCGCAAACAACCCCGACGACCAGCAGCUGCCCUCACAAACACCCUCACAGCAGACACAACACCAACCACCCCCACCAGACUCACAACUCCCCUCCCAAGAACCACAACCCCAACAGUCCGACCAGCGACCCACCAAGCGCACAAAAACCACACAAGAACUGGCCUACGAGCAAUACGUCACCAGAGAUGCCCUCCAGGCCGCAGCAUUCAAAGAUCACACCGACAGACACAUCGCGUUCCUGCGCCAGAAGCGCCAGGAGAUUGAGUACUACGAAUCCCUUCGACCCAUCCGCCAGACCAACCCCGGCGCCGUCUUUGGCCAGGGAUACCUCGGUUUCGGCAAUGGCAUCACUUCCUCAAAGCCCGGAAUCAUCGGUCCCCGCGAUCGACGGAGACUAGGCAGGAUCUCCCGCGAAUUGCGAAUAUCCCGCGAGGAAAUGCACCGCCAGUCCCAGGCAGACGAAAUGCUCGUCCCCGUCCGUCUCGACAUGGAAUUCGACAAAGCGCGUCUGCGCGACACAUUCACCUGGAAUAUGCACGAGCGCGCAAUCCCACUCGACAUCUUUUCCGAAAACCUCUGCGAAGACUACAAUUUCCCUCUCCACCACGUGCCCCAGAUCGUCCGCGCCAUCUCCGAGCAGAUUAGCGACUUCCAGCCUCACAUCUUUGACCCCUCCGUCGCGAAAACAGUGGACCCCUCACUACCCUACACGGCCUACAAAGACGACGACAUGCGCGUCAUGAUCAAACUCGACAUCACCGUCGGCCAGCACAAUCUAGUCGACCAGUUUGAAGCUCUCGCUCCCCCCGAGUUUCUCACCGCCAUCUCCCACGCCAUCCGCGAGCAAACCCAGCUCUUUACGAAAUCACUCUUGCUGGUCGGCCAUCCAUUUGACGGCCGCCCGGUCGAAGACGACGAGAUCAGACGCGAACUGUGCCCGUCCAUCACGGACCUCGUGCGGCCCAAGCACCAGCUCCGCGACUACACGCCCGUGCUCUACGAGCUCACCGAGGCCGAGCUCGGCAAGGCCGACAAAGACAGCGAACGCGAAAAUAGAUGGAAGCGAAGACAAGGACGGGCUGUCGGUCGCCGCGGCGGCAUCGUGCUUCCCGACCUGCGCGAGCCCAUGCGCACUUUCCGAACCCCGCUCAUCAGCUCCGUCCUGCCCUGCGCAAUCAAGCAGCCUACCCCUCCAUCCCCGCAACUCGACACCUCCGACGAAGGCGAAUUCCACUACGGCUCCUCCACCCGCCGCACCCGCCACGCGGCACCGCACUUCCCCCACGCACAGCCCGCGCACCAUCCCCCGCCCGCACCAGCACCAGUACAGCACCACGCGCACCACGCCGCCGCCCGACACCACAACCCACACAACUCGCCCGCGCAGCCGAUUCCUGCGCCGUUACCGCCACAAGUUAGUGAAGCGAUCGCGUCGUCGGCGUCGGCGUCGGCGGCACCGAGUCCUUCGUUGCGGUCGGAUGGCGAGUUGUCGCUGAUUGUAAAGUUGCGGGGACGCAAGAUAAAACAGUGGAUGAUUGCAAACGCAGGCCGGUUCAAGUAGAGAGCUUCAUGCGUUUAUUUUUUGUGUAUUACUAUUUCUUGUAUUUUUUCUUUCCUUCUUUCGUCGUUGAAGUUUCUGUACGUUACCAUAAUCUUGAAUAAGUUGAUCUAAUAACCAAACUUACA